GAGCAACGAUCUGGAUUUUAUUUAUGGAUUUCGGCCGACGAUGAAUGGUGUGAACGUGAUUUUCCAGGAUACUAUGAGCCAAACAUUGGACCUGAUGAACGUUCACUGUUGAUCCCACCGUUCACAACAGAUUCACAGCCGCUCGAAAUUCAACAUGACUGCACUUACAAUAUUGUUAUGCAUUCCAGACCAUAUCCCUACGGUGAUUCUGAAUAUUCACCAACGUUCACGUAUACGGUACCAAACUGUGUCGAUGGAUACUGUAGUUGCAGAAGUCAGAACAAAGUUCCAAAUGCACGUAAUGUAGUGGCAAUUCCGUUUCUGGACAAGGAUAUUAUGCGGGUGAUGCUUAAUUGGACAUAUCCGGUUGUCGAUGGUCAUACGCAUCAGUUUAGAUUUGAUCUUAGUGAAAGAUUGGCAAGCUUUUGCUCAUGGCUACUAGCUGAUCUCAUUUUAAGAUUUCAUCACAAUCAGAUUCGUUUCAAAGAUUCAGACGCGUUCAAGUAUCGCAUCGUUGAGAUGCCACCGCAUGUGGUGAACGCAAGAAAGAAUGAAACCACAUUUUCAACGGUUCUUCCAAUGAAUCUGAAGGAGAAUGAAGAGUAUCGAGUGACAAUAUUUGUGCUCAAUGAUCAACUCUGCAAUAGUGACGAAGUCACAGUGCCGUUCUUCACCGUUCCCAAUGAGCAAUUCACCGACAAAGGAGCGUUCAAAUGGAACAACGCAUCUACGAGCGUCAACACUGAGUUGUCUCCAUCAAAAGAGCGCUCAGAAAACAGCUCGAAUAAAACUUCCGUCCACAGCGAGUCUGUUCCUCGGAAUUCGUUGAAUGUGACUGAGCCUGAUGAAGACGUCAUGCCAAAUGUUGAUAUUGAUGGCAAAGAUGGUAAUCAAAUGAGCGAAGGCUCGAGCUUCUCGACGUUACGUCCGACAGUCGUGUCGUUGAGAACACCCUUGUUAAUAAUACUGGUUGGCAGCGCUACGUUAAGCGCUCUGCUGAUGACCUGUUGUGUGAUCGCAUUGGCGGUCAGAAAUUGCUAUAAGCGAAGCACAAAAUCGGAGAUUGAGAAGUCUUCGAUUAUACCGUGGGCAAUGGCACAUUCCAGUCAUUCAAUGUUAGAAACAAAUAUCCUCUAUCGGCGACCAACGGGGCCGUCAGUUUACAUCGAUUACGAGAUUCCUUCCAGUCGCAUUCAAGUUGGAGGUGUGAUCGGGCAAGGUGCAUUCGGCACUGUCUGCAUGGGUACGGCUCAUGGAGUUGAGGGCUAUGCGGGCGCCACAACGGUUGCCGUCAAACAACUGAAAACGAAUGCCGAAGAGUCGGAAAGAAUCGAGUUCAUUGCAGAGAUGAAUAUCAUGAAACAGGUUGGUCGACAUCCGAAUAUUGUAGCCAUGUAUGGAUGUUGUACGGAACCUAAUCAUCAGUGUAUGGUCAUGGAAUAUGUUCCCUUCGGUGAUCUUAAGCAUUACCUUCAGAAUCUCCGUAAACAGGUAAUCUUGACAACGCAUACAGCAAAAUACGCUAUCAUCCAGUGCGUUCCCUGA